ACACCGGAUGCAUUGGUAUAGAGAACAACACGCAGAAGGAAAAACCACGACCUUUGCACAUUGACUGAUGAAAUUCCCUUCAACUGCAACAUCGUCAUGAUCAGUACCCACUAAGACUCACCGCACGAGACUUUGCACAGCGCUGCACUCUCCCGUACAGUGGUGUAGGUAGCUAAGGACUGACAUUGACACUUGAGUUACAACACUGACUAAGCUUUUCUGUUGUAAAACAAGGACAAGAUCAAAACAAUUUGCGAGAACGGAAUGGCGUUUCCUGCAAGACGGAGUGCGAUAGAUAUAUCACCAUUAACCGUGUUACAUCUUGCCAGCCUGUUUAUUGCUGGACACUGUCAGGAUUUUACCAGCGACCCGAGGAACACGACCGCGUUUGAGGGAGGCAGUGCACGGUUCACCUGCAGCUCACCCUAUGCCACGGUGAACACAUGCCCCGAUUCUUACAGGCUAUCUUGGAUUCACAGACAAGACGAGGCAAGUCCCUCGAUGCGAGUCGCUGAUUGUAACGAGGUGUAUUAUCCUUUUAAUCAGCGCAUGAUUACGGCGGGCGUUGAAAGAACACAGUAUUGCCUUAAUUUCCCCAAUGUUCAGCCAAAAGACAGUGGACAAUAUUGGUGCCAACUGUAUUUUGAACCGGGCAGUAUCCACAACCGAUUAUCGGCCAAAGCUUGGUUGACUGUGAACCCACUUCUCCCAAGAUUCUCUCCCUCGUGCGAGGUACAGCCAGAAGAACCCUCUAUCGGCACAGAAAUAUCCUUAACCUGUACUCUCUCUGAACGUGACCCAGUCAGUUUCCUGACUUGGUACAAGGCUGACUCAAAUAACGAACAGGUUGCAAUUUCAAAAUCGAGGAAAACCCAACCGGGGCAGGGCUAUACGAUCCAGCAGGUACUGGAACCGACUGACAACAUGCUGGAGUUCACCUGUACGGCAGGACCUCAUACAACUGGUCCUAGUUGCUCCCUAUUCCCUCUACAAAUUAAUCCCUUUGUUACCGUCUCGCCUUCCUUCCUAACUCGCUACGAAGGUGAAAGGGCGGUGUUCACCUGCAAUUUGGAGACAGUUCCACCAGCAGAUGUGGACGAGUUUCGGUGGAUGGUGUACCGAGAGGAUGAAUGGCAGGUGAAUAUAAGUCCAGAGGACAAUGACUACCGCUUUGAGUUGACACCCCAGGGACAAACUCUUGAGAUCCCUAAACUCACAAUCGAAGACUUCGAUGAGUCUAGGGUGAGAUGUUCCGCAAUUGUGAACGGGGCUCAAUUCCAGAGUGUCAAUGACUCUUUUUUGACAGUUCUAUCGUCAACAGCUACGCCACCAGACGACGACACGACACAGGGAUCAUCAGCAGGGGCAAUAAUUGGUGGUGCCCUUGCUGUCGUCCUGUCCCUGGGUGGUAUGGCUCUUCUUGUCAUUUACUGGGUUAAGAAUAAGCAAAAACUCAAACAACCGCCGCUGGAGGGAGCAGACAAUCUGAUCAAGAUGCGAGGAAGAAAGGACGGGCUUAAUGACUACACCAACGACACUGGUAAUGCCCCCACAUACGAAAAUAUCUUAGAGGACAGCCGACAAUCUUCCCACCCUCUGAGCACAAAAGCAUCGACGGAUGACCCCGCUGAGGCAGCAGGGGUCAUGUAUACCCUUCCGGGUCACACAGGGAGCGGCAGGAUCCGAAGAUACCUGGUACCGACUUCAGCCAAUGACAAGGCGGCCGACCUAACGCCAGUCGAUGAACACGACUCAGCGUCAAAUCAAGUUGCCAGCGAGCAGGUGAUCUACGCCAUGCCCUUCGGAGACGACGAAACCCCCACAACGUCGAGAUCGGAAGCCCGGGGUAGCCACGACCCGUUGGAGAGUAUUGGAACAGCACAGGCUACAGAUGGCAAAGACACUGACAGCGCCAGGGGAAUGCAUUAUGCUGAUCUAGACCUAGAUACCUCCUCAAAGACUAGAGCUAGCCAACAAGGAGGUACUACUGCUGUACCUGAAACAUCUGCAGACACAGUUUACGCUGAAAUACACAAUGAUCCAUAGGAAAAAGCAAAUUCACCUAUACAUGUAUUGGCGUUUUACUGACUGGUCAAUCAUACACAACUUGCACAGGCCUAGUUCUUGAAUCAUACGCAAAUUGAGCUGGACUCUUUACAUUCAUUUUCGUCAACACUUAAAGCGAUGCUUAGAAACUAACACAGAAAUGAAUUUGCUGAAGAUUUCUCAGGGAAUUUAUUUCCCCGAAGUUUAUCUAGCUAGAGAUGGUGUAAAAGGUCAUAGUGUGUUAAAACUAUUACGUUGAGCCGGGGGCGUCAAAAUAAUGCUUGGCAGUAGGCAUCUUAAAACUUAUAACGUGGGGUACAUAGAAAAUACUAAGUCAAGGUAUUCAAUAUUAUUAAUCAAGCUCAGAAAUUAAUUUCAAAAACUCGAAAAGUUGUUUAAACACCUCGCUGAAGAUUCCAAGCAAUAGGUUAUUAAGUAUAUAUUUACCAUUAGUGUUCUGAUCGAAAUCUUCACAAGUCCAGCAAUAAGCCCUUUCAAAGGGCCUGUUAUAAGUAAAGGGGUGACUAAUGAUACUUGAAUGAUUUUGUCCAAGUAUAUUUGAAUAGCUUCUGGUGUGAAUGAUUCGUGGUGGACUACCAUAUCUUUCACUAUUUAAAACCGUUCUUGGCUACUUACUGGCCUAUUAACUAUUGCUUAGUGUCCAAAACACUUUUGUUAGCAUUUAAAUGUGCCAAUUCAAAUUUUAAUUUCAAAAUACUGCAACGCUCUUUAUUGUUUAGUUUAGGGUUUAAACAGCCUCAUAGGACAGGGAUCAAACUUUCAGAAUGAGUUAUGUUUCCUCGACAAAAUGUACUGAAAAAGUUUUGAUUCAAUGCUAGUGUGUUCAAAAUGCCCUACCAUUGAUUCAAUCA